UUGGAGUCCCCGCCCCCCGAGUGCGUCACUUCCGCAAGGGGCGGGCGCGCGGAGCAGCGAGGCGCAGCGGAGCUUCGGGGUCGGGGUCGGGAUCGCGCCCGGCUCGGAGCUGCCGCCUGCGGCCAUGUCGGGUUCGGUCAGCCCCGCCCUGGCCACGGGCCAGGCCGGCUCAGAGGAGGAGGCUCUGGAGGAGGAGCUGAUGGAUGGCGACGGGUCCCGCCCCUGGACCCCGCAGGAGAAGGCCCUGCACGAAGCCCGGCUCAAGGCCAAGGCCAAGCGGCGCCUGCGGCGAACCUCGUCCCGGGACUCCACCCGGGAGCCGGCCCCCGAGGGGGGGGAGCCCAGCCCCGAGCCCGGCAGCCCCAAGGGCAAGAGCAACGACAGGAAGUCGCGCAUGGGCAAGGGCCGUGGGCUCCCCAAGAAAGGUGGCGCUGGGGGCAAGGGCGUGUGGGGUGCACCUGGCCUGGUGUACGGGUACCAGGAGCCCGACGCGCGGGACCCCAACUACGACGAGUCAUCUCAGGGCGACACGGUCUAUGCCACAGUGGCGCCGGAGCUGGAGGAGGGGGAGCUGGAGAAGAAUGUGCACCCCAUGGUGCUGGAGUACUUUGAGCACGGGGACACCCUCGAGGUGAUGGAGCUGCUGAGGGAGCUGAACCUGGGCAGCAGGAAGCAUGCCGUCCCCUCGCUGGCUGUGGCGUUGGCGCUGGAGGGCAAGGCCAGCCACCGGGAGCUGACCUCCCGCCUGCUCUCGGACCUCGUGGGCAAGGUCAUGACCUCGGAGGACAUCGCCAGGGCCUUCGACAAGAUGCUCAAGGACCUGCCUGACCUCAUCCUGGACACUCCUGAGGCUCCGCAGAUGCUGGGCCAGUUCAUUGCCCGGGCCGUGGCUGACCAUGCCCUGCCCCUGGACUUCCUGGACCGCUACAAGGGGCGCGUGGACUGUGAGCACGCCAGGGCUGCCCUGGACCGCGCCGCCGUGCUGCUCCGCAUCAAGCGGGACGUGAACCAGUUGGACAACGUGUGGGGAGUGGGGGGUGGCCAGAGGCCCGUGAAGCAUCUCAUCAAAGAGAUGAACCUGCUGCUGCGCGAGUACCUGCUGUCCGGGGAGGUGUCGGAGGCAGAGCACUGCCUGCGGGGGCUGGAGGUCCCUCACUUCCAUCAUGAGCUGGUCUAUGAGGCUGUAGUGAUGGUGCUGGAGUCCACGGGCGAGACUCCUGUCGUCAUGAUGGUAAAACUGCUCAAGGUGCUGUGGGAGACGGGCCUGGUGACCCUGGACCAGAUGAACCGGGGCUUUCAGCGAGUCUAUGACGAGCUCGGAGACAUCAGCUUGGAUGUGCCCCUCGCUCACCGGAUCCUGGAGCGGCUGGUGGAUCUCUGCUUCGAGGAGGGAGUCAUCACCAAGCAGCUGAGAGACACCUGCCCAGCCAGGGGCCGGAAGCGAUUUGUGAGCGAGGGUGAUGGGGGGCAGAUCAAGCACUAACUGGCCGUCUCAUCCCCCCCCCCAGCCUGACAGUCGCCUGGAGGUGAUUGAUGUCCCCCAGCUCUGGAGUUCUUCCUUGUCUGUCUCCAACUGGGAACGGCGCCAGGGAACCACCCAGCCCCCAGACGGGGCGGUGCAGAGGCUGUGAUGGAUCUUGGGGGGAGGUGGGGUCCAGGAGCAGGGAGGGGGCUGGUGGGCUGAUCUCCCAGCUGGGGCUGCCCUGGAGCUGGGGGCUGGGCGCAGCUGCAGGACUCUUGCCCCCUCCACCUCCCUGCAGCCCCAGCUGGGAGAUGUCCCUCCCUCGCCUAGUGGGGCUGUGUCUU